UCUGCGGAAUCAGCCCGGCAGCGCGGUUGCCCGGCAGCCGCUCAUUUGAUGGCGGAGGGUCUUCAAGGAUCAGCAGUGAUCAGUGAACUUUUCUUUUCAUCAGCCUCUCUCAAGGGAAUGGCAGUAUCCAUGUACAAGAUAUCUACAAACCCCAGAACCCCAGGCUUCUGAAAAUAAAAAAUAGAAUUGUUCAGGACCUUACUAUGGCAAACAAGCUUUAUAUAAGUUUUUUUCACCUACUUUCCACAUUCUUGUUUUGUGAUGCUUCCUACCCUAGCUUGGAACCAGCCACAAUUUCUCAAACUACAGAGAAACUCAUUCCCGAGAAGACAGCUGGUAUCAAUAUUAGCUUAGCUUUAUGUAGGCAGAGAUAUCAUCUUCAGGAGCUCUUCUCUCGUUAUGGGGAGAACAAUACAUUGAAUAUUGAAGGGUUUAAAAAAUUGCUACGCAAUAUAGGCAUUGAGAAAGUGAAAAGACUUUCUCUAGAUCACAAUCAUUACCACCAUCAUCACAAUCAUGCUACGCUCAGGACAAACUCUGACAAAACCCAUUGUCAUAGUGAUGAAUCUGGUAGUGGUAACAAAGAUUUUUGGAAUAAUCCAGCAAAAGAUGUGCCUAGAACAGAGAAUAUGGAGCACCACCAGCAAGAAUCCAUGAAUAACAAGAACACAACAGUUGCUAUAACAACAUCAGCCUACACCACGACUACAGAGGGCAACCCUCUGCUACAACACUCAGAAAUUGCAGAAUUGUCAGCACGCAUAGGCUUUGCCAGCCCCAAUCCCAACAUUGUUCUAGGAAGCAGCAGCAAUUGCUUUAAUGCAUCAGAAAUGAUGCUUUUCCAUGGAAUAAGUACUCAAGUGUCCUUGACAGCCACAGAAUUUAGCUAUCUUUGUCCAGCCAUAAUUAACCAGAUUGAUGGUAGAAACUGUAUAAUUCAUGCAACAAGUGAAAAGGCUGAAACGGCUCCAAAAACAUAUUCAUUGCAAGUGGCUUGGAUUGGUGGCUUUAUAUCCAUUUCCAUUAUCAGUUUUCUUUCGUUACUGGGUGUUAUUCUGGUGCCACUUAUGAAUCGUGUAUUUUUCAAGUUCCUCUUAAGUUUCCUGGUGGCAUUAGCAGUUGGAACACUAAGCGGAGAUGCUCUUUUACAUCUCCUUCCACAUUCUCAUGGAAAUCACCAUCAUCAUCAUGAAAAACCUUUAACGGAACACAGUAAAGAUCUCCCUUUUAAGCAUCUAGUUUUCCAAAGUUCAGAAGAAAGUGCUUAUUUGGAUUCUACAUGGAAAGGCCUCACGGCCCUGGGAGGACUAUAUUUUAUGUUUCUUGUUGAGCACUUGAUCACAUUAAUUAAACAGUUUAAGGAUAAGAAAAAAAAGAAAAAAAAUGAUGAUGAUGAAUUAGAAAUCAAGAAACAGCUGUCUAAAUAUGACUCUCAGCUUUCAGCAAAUGAAGACAAAAUAGAUGCAGAUGAUAGGCCUGAAACUUAUUUGGGGGUACAUUCUCAGGAGCCAUCCAAUUUCCUGUCUCAGAAACCAGUGGUACAAGAAGAAGAAGAGGUCAUGAUAGCACACACUCACAAAGAAACUGCUGAUCAUGAAUAUGCAUCCAGAGGAUGUAGAAACAAAUGCCAUUCACACUUGCAUGACACUCUAGGGCAGUCAGAUCAUCUCAGUCAUCAUCACCACGACUACCAUCAUAUUUUACAUCACCAUCACCAUCAGAACCAUCACCCACAUAGCCAUAGCCAGCGGUAUUCACGUGAAGAAUUGAAGGAUGCUGGUAUAGCUACUUUAGCCUGGAUGGUAAUAAUGGGAGAUGGCCUGCAUAACUUCAGUGAUGGUCUUGCUAUUGGGGCUGCUUUCACUGAAGGUUUAUCUAGUGGCUUAAGUACAUCUGUUGCAGUCUUUUGCCACGAGUUGCCACAUGAACUGGGAGAUUUUGCUGUACUUCUCAAAGCCGGUAUGACUGUCAAACAAGCUGUUCUUUAUAACGCUCUCUCAGCUAUGCUGGCAUACCUCGGAAUGGCUACUGGAAUACUUAUUGGCCACUAUGCUGACAAUGUUUCCAUGUGGAUCUUUGCCCUUACUGCUGGGCUGUUCAUGUAUGUUGCUCUUGUUGAUAUGGUGCCUGAAAUGCUUCACAAUGAUGCUAGUGAUCAUGGAUGUAGCCGCUGGGGAUAUUUUCUAUUACAAAAUGCAGGAAUUCUAUUAGGUUUUGGUAUCAUGUUACUUAUUUCUGUGUUUGAACAUAAAAUUGUGUUCAGCAUAAACUUAUAGGGUUGUAUUCAGGCUCAGAGCUGCACUUGAGGAGAAAUUUUUUUUUGCCAGUUUCUUGUGCCUCCUGAAAAAUUGCUGUAGAGGCUCGGUGAUCCUCCAGGGAGGUAUGAGAGAUGCAGAGGUGCAGGGUGAUGGAAAAAUUUGUGAACCCACCUCCCUUUCUUCAUCCAGCGGUGAACCUCUGAAGGAUCACAGUUGCUUUCAUGAGGUUUCCUUGUUCAUUGAGCACACUGCUUCAAAUGCAUGUUUUAUUUUUCAUAUUAUUAAAAUUGUCUGUACAGUUUAAUUGUAGGCACUUUCCCCCUAUGAAUUAGUUAUAGAGAUUUUAAUAGUAUAAACUUGCACAAAUCACAGUGGAUUACCAGUAGCAAAGUGAGAAAAUUGACUUAUUAAUUAUUGCCUUUUACCAAAUAUAGUGAAAACUAAAACUAUAAACAGUUUGUAACUUGCAAUUUCUUUUAAAAAAGAAAGUAAUAUUGCAAAUCUAGUUAGAGCAUGCACUGUCAGUCUGUCUUGUAUGUGUUAAAGUGGUACAAAUGUGUCAACUGUUGUUGCUUUUAAUAGGGCUGAUGUAGAAAAUCCUAAAAUUAUCACCUUUAUUCUUGAUAGUGAUGGGGGAGAACAGUUAUGUUACUGCAACCAUGAAGAGAUCUAAUAUUUUGUUUGCAAUUAAAAUUACAUGAUCCUUA